AUGACAACCGAUCUACUCGGCGCAGAUGAGGUAUUGGAAACGAGUUUACUCUUACCAGGCCCUCGCGAUCAGCCAUGUCAGAACAAAAGCACGCCCAGAAGAUCUAAAUGGAUUCUUCUGUUUGUGUGCCUCAUCAUCGUCACUUUGGACUUUGGCGAUUAUCUCGCUGUCGCGCCGCAGCUGCAGAUAUACGAGAACAUUAUCUGUCAGCGCAUGCAUCCCGAACUAUCUGCUAGUGCCUUCGAUAGAGUAACAGCAACCGCCCAUCCGCUCUGCAAGUCAACUGACGUGCAAGGCAAACUCGCUCUGCUGGUAGGCUGGCAGGAUACGUUUACUCAGCUUCCCGGGAUGAUCCUAGCUAUUCCAUUUGGUCUUAUGGCGGAUCAAGUCGGACGCAAACCUGUCAUCAUCAUCAGCAUUGCGGGCUUCCUCAUGCAAGAAUGCGCUAUCCGCCUCAUCUGCUGGUAUCAUACAAGCAUCCCACUCGAAGCAGUGUGGUUUACACCACUUUUCCAGGUUUUUGGGGGUGGUAGCCAAAUCGCUAGCUCCGUUGCCUGGACUGUCAUUGCAGACAUCUUCCCAGUUGACAAAAGGGCAAAUGCGUAUCUUCUCAUGGCUGCAGCGAUGUUGCUUUCUCAGAUUCUCGCAGCCCCUCUAAGCGCUUGGCUGAUGUCCAAGGAUGUGUGGACGCCAUCGUUGUUAGGGUUAGCGAUUGAGGUUUGCGGGAUCAUCCCCAUUUUCGCCUUACCAGAAACUGGACCGCAAGCAUCCGUCAGAUCGGAAGGAGAUCUUGAGAGCGAAGCACAAGGACCAGCCAACGAGUAUUCUACCAUGAGAUGGAUGGCUAUUGUACACUUGGUCAAAUUCCAACUAAUCGAAGUGGUUGGGUUUGUCUUAGGCAAUGCCAACACUUUAGCGAUUUUUUUCGCUUUCUUGACAUCUAGCAUUGGAAGCCAGACGCUUCAGUUUGUGCUGCAAUAUGCCUCCAAGCGUUUCAUGUGGAGUGUAGCCGAGGCGACGUUCCUCAUCAGCCUCAAAGGCGCAGUCAACCUGGUCGCCUUCCUUCUCAUAUUGCCUCUGAUCUCCAAAAUUCUUGGAGGUUAUCUCUCUCCGAUAAGAAGAGAUCUCCGAAUCACACACGCCAGUAUCUGUGUACUGGUGGCAGGAUUCGGCACAAUGUCGGUAGCUGCUCAUCCAGUCCUUUUCGGUAUAGGUUUAUCUUUUUCGGCCCUCGGGUGGGGUUUUUACAUGACACUUCGUAGUGUUGGAAGCGCCUUAGUGGCCGAGACCCAUGUCGGGCUCUUCAACACAACAAUUGCACUUGCUGAGGCCGCGGGGUCUAUGAUAGCUGGACCGCUUUUGGCAGCUCUUCUCAAGGCAGGAAUGGCGUGGGAGGGAGUCUGGAUGGGUUUGCCAUGGAUGGUUGCGACGGGUCUGUAUCUGCUGGCCGGGUUAGCAGUCUUUUGCAUUCGUACUCCAGCCCACUAG